UGCCGGCAUUUAAACAUGGCUAGCGGCUUGACAAUCGCGUCGUCUGACAAAGGUCCAAACACCGUUAAAGCAAUUUUCGAGAGCCCUAGGUACGGACCGGUGAUGGAAUCCUACGAUGUAGCUCACGCAUGGAUCAAGAGUCACGGCGGAAGGUUUGCCAGAUUUGUGGGUGGGAAGUUUGUGGCUGCUGUCUCGGACAGUCCCCGGGAGGUAAAGGACCCUGUGACCGGUGUCCGUCUGGGCCUGGUGGACCUGGCUUCCGCCGCGGACGUCUGCGCUGCCUUCGUUGCUGCCAGAGAGGCUCAAGCCUCCUGGGCAAGGCUAGGAGCUUACCAGCGAUCCAAUUGUCUUUAUAGCAUGGCCCGCAGCAUGGAGAAGCACACGGCCCUCCUGGCGCUGGUGGAGAGCCUGCAAUCGGGCAAGACGCUGAGCGAGGCCCGGACCCGAGACAUGGCGUACCUCACGCAGAGCCUCUUCGUCUGUGCCAGCUGGCUCAUGCGCCUCAAGGACUCCAUUCCCUGCUCCCAACCACGAGGCGUUGUGGGAGUGGUGGUGGACGACCCCAGCGCCGUCGCCGCCACAGCCGCCUGGCGCGUGGCCGAGGUUCUGGCAACGGGAUGCGCGGCGGUGCUUCUGGUGCGCCCGGAGUUCUGCCUCUCCGCGCUGGCCUUUGCGGAGGUCCUCGCCUCUGUGGGCCUUCCUAAAGGACUGUUCAACGUCCUCCCGGUACCGGAAAACGCCAUUGCCGAGCUCCUUCGCGACGCUGCAGCAGAUGCAGUGUUUGUCAUCGGACGCGCGCGGACGGGCUUCCUGGUGAGGCAGGCCCUGGCCGGACGCAGGACCUCCUUUUCGAGCUUCCACGCCAGCAGACACGUCGCGGUGGUCCUCGAAGGGGCCGACCUGCACAGCGCCGCCUGCGGCGUCUCCGAGGCGUUUGCCCGCAGCUGCGGCAAGGGCGAAGCCUCGGGACUUCAGGUCUUCGUGCAGGAGUCUGUCCACGGGACGUUCUCAACGCUCCUCACCGAACGGUUCUCUCGGCUCAGGGUGGGCCUGCCCAACGACAAGACGGCAGAUCUGAGCUGCUUUUCUCCGCUUCCCUGCGAGCCUUACUCCGGGGCCGACGUCGGCAAAAUGCCUGGAGCUGUGACCGCGGACGUCUCCGGCAUUGCGGCAAAAUGUCCGACGGUGCCUGUGCUGCUUCCGGACGUGGCCCCAUCUUCCGCCGUAGUGGAUGCCGUGGGUCUCCCCGUGCUGCUGGUGACGCGGUUCCGGACCCCAAAGGAGGCAGUCUCCCUCGUCAACUGCGUCCGGGGCCGCACGGGCGUCUGCCUCUGGACCGAGAAUCUGGCCUGCGCCCUGGAGCUGGCCACACAGUUCCGGGUGGCCUCCGUCUUCGUCAACAUGCCACCCACACUCGACCCGGCCGCCGAGUUCGGGGGCGUAGGAGUCUCUGGCGUGGGCAGGGUCGGGGGCCGGCAGGGGCUGCUCACGUUCCUGAAACCGGCCUGGUCGACCGAGAAGCCAAUCGUCGAUCCCGAACUGGAUUGGAGCCACUUUGGAAGCGAGACCCGGCCCGACCGCGUCCUGCCGACCGCCUGCCCCGCGGGAGCUCGGGGGGAGGACGAGACCUUCGAGCUGUUCUAUGCGGGGCAGCGGAAGAAACCAGAGUCUAGCACCUCGUACCCGGUGCACAAUUCGGAGGGAAAAGUGGUCGGUUUCGCCCCAGAAGCCGGCAGGAAAGACGUCCGGAAUGCGGUCGAGGCUGCCGUGGCCGGAUUCAAGAGCUGGUCGACGCGAGAGGCCCCCAGCAGAGCUCGGGUGCUGUACCGCGUGGCGGAGAACCUGUCCCUUCGCGCCAAGGAGUUCGCCUCCCGCCUCGGUGCCCUGGAGGGACUGCCAGCCGACGAGUGUGACGUGGCCGUGAGCACCUGCAUCCGACGACUCUUCUACUGGGCCGCAACAUGCUACAAGGGCAUGGGCUCCGUGAGGAGUGCGACGUCCUCGGGCGGCGUGAUGAGCAUCAAGGAGCCCCUGGGUGUUAUCGGAGUGGUGUGCUCCGACUCGGCCCCGCUGCUGUCCUUCGUCACCUUGGUGGCGGCAGCCCUCGCGACGGGCAACACGGUCGUGGCCCUGGCCAGUCAGAGCUCUCCGCUGUCGGCUCUCCACAUGUGUGAGGUGUUCUCUGUGUCGGACGUUCCGGCGGGCGUGGUGAACGUGCUGUCGGGACUCGAGGCGCCCCUGGUGCGCACGCUGGCCGAGCACCACGACCUGGCGGCCGUCUGGUACCACGGGGAGUCGGACUUGGCGGCGGCCUUCGUCGAACGGGCGGCCGCGCACAGCGGCAAGGCCACCUGGCUGCGGGACGCUAGCCGCGACUGGGAAGUGGACGACCACUGCUCGGGAAGGCUCUUCGCCGCCCACGGGACCUCCACCAAAAGCGUCUGGCUGCCCUCGGGCCAAGUUUUCGCCAACUGAACACGCCUCCUUGCUGUUGAUGUUUUUUUGUAGGUUUUGUUUUUAGAGAUGGCAGGGUUUUGCUUUUUUUUACAUAUAGACAUCUUCCUGCGGAAAUCCAGAUGAUGUGCAGAGUGCGACUCCAUGGGAUCUCUUCAUUGCCAUAGAAGGGAACAUGUUUCGAACAAAUACGGCUCGCUCCCUGACCGCUCUAGAUUCGUAUUUGGAAACUGGUUUUCUAAAUUAAUAGAUACCCAGCGAAAUCGACGGCACCUAGUUAGCAGUUAGAACAUGCAAGCUGUUGUCGCAGGUUCGCCCGCCAGCCUUCUCGAGCGGUUUGGCGAUUCGGAUGUCUCGAAAGUUGUUUCAAAAACACGCUAUUGAAAUUGCCAGUGGCAAAUCAAACUGUCGCUUCGUUCGACCGUUUUUUAUUGUGUUUUUAUUGUUUGUUCCGCGUUAUGUCGGAUUUGGAAGAACGUUCUACUUGCGGCAUUCAAAUGUAUGGCCUUUUAAUUACAAAAUCUUUUACGCAUAGCGUCCGGCGUUGUUUUUUUUUUACGUGUCUCACGAUUAGAGCAUCGCUGUCUUUGAAAAGUAGAGCCUCCGAACAGUUUUGCUGUACGAACUUGAUUAUAUCGAACGGCUCGCCCGUGUUUUGUGGGUAUCGGUGUAUUUUUUGUGCACUAUGUUCCGCCGUUUCGAAGUCUUUAACCGUAAUAUAAUGUUUGGGUUGUCGUGUCCAUGAGUUGUCGCAACUGCCAGAGCGAUGAUAGCGGCAAAAGGGACCACCGCGAUAUUGGUUGAAAUGUUUGACACUGGACAUAUCGGCGCUAUGUAAUGCAACUCGGAUCGCGCGCACCACUUACCCGCGGAAGCUUCGUUGUCGCGUCUUGAUUUCGAGGAUAAAAGCAAACGUUUUCGUCGAGUCGUAAAACUCGAUGACGCACAGUCGCGCGCGAAUCGCAAUGUUGGCGAUUAGUUGUUUUUCUAUAAUUUCUUUUUCUCCGAAUGUCAUUACGCGAAGAGAAAAUCUAAAGCGUGUUUCGUAGGUCGUGAACGUCACGAUCCGAGUCGGUUCAACCGACGGUACAAAAAUCUUGCUGUCUCGGUCCGACCCGACGCGAAUGUGUGAAUCGACCUUUAGACGGCGCUUCAGGUCCGCAACCGCAUCCGGCCUCGAUUCGGUUGCAUUGCCGCGAAACGUUGUCUCCGGGUUGAACAGCUCCGUGCUUCAUCCACCACGUGACCAGAUUCCGAUGCAGAAGGGGGAACGGGCGCCCUCGUCGGGCGAAUUCAGACUACUCGAUGUCGUUUGCGGGGUUCGGAUGAAGGUCCCGAAGAUCGGGACUGAAAGCGUCCAAGGAACAGCGGGUUACGGCGGGUAGUUCAACCGCACGCUGUCUUUUGAGCACGUUUGGGCGACGUCCCUGUUCUUGUCGACAGUUUCCAUAUGGAGCAGAUAUACCGCGUCGCUCUUCCCUUUAAAGACGCGUUCUUUUUGCGACGGCAGCGGCGCGCACUGAUGGUUUUGCAUUGAGCGGGGAAGCGGCAGCUUUGCCAGGCAAACACUUUUCGUCUAUUAGCGCUGCUUGCCCUCUUUUGCAGUCGCGUAAUCGAGUGCUCAAGUCACUGCCCUGACAUUCCCUUCUUUGUCUAUUUUUUAAUGUUCUUUUCUACCGCCUCUGACAACUCUGGUCGAACCUUUCGUCAGAUUCCAUUGUGUACCCACUCUGCCUGUGCAUGAGUGUUGGCAAAUGUUCCUUUUUCGUCGGGAUGGUGUUUGCGCUGUACCGCGACCUGAUCGGCACUUUUGUAAUAAACUUGGGAAAUCCUG